CCUACAGUUGUCAUCUAUCGAGAAAAGCGUUGUUCACAUUGUCAUCUCUAGAUUAUCGGUGCAAAAUAAUUUGCGAAUCGGAAAAAUUAAUUGACGAAUAAACAAAAACGUAGCCUAAAUUUGUUCAUUUUCCCUGGACUGUCGUAGCAAAUAGAAGCAGGAUGCCCGUGCUGCCGAUGCCACCACUCAUGCAGAACGCCGUGGAGCCGAUGCAAGUGGACAUCGCGCCGCCGAACGAGGACAACGAAAACAACGAGGAGCAGCAGAUUGUGGUGGAGAACCCCAGCAUCGAUCUCGAAGUGUACGCCAACCAAUAUGCCGGGAUCGUGCGGCUCCAUCGCCUAAUUUAUGUGGCGGACGUCUGCCCGGUUUUAGCCGUGGAGGCUCUGAAAAUGGCCAUUACUUACGUUCAGACCACCUACAACGUAAAUCUUUACCAAGUGCUGCACAAGCGUUUGAGCGAUCUAAACGCUGGCAACGCGCCGGCACCACCAGCAAAUGCUGCCGGAGAUCAGGCAGGAGCAGCGGCUCCCGGUCCCCUGGCAGCCGCUCCCCUUCCGGAUAUCGCGGCCCAACCUGCGGCUCAGGCUCAAGGACAGGCUCAGCCCGCUGGCGAAAAGGACGCUUUCGCCUACGAUGCCGCUUGGGUAGACACCAAGAUGAAGAAGGCGGCUCUUAAGCUGGAGAAGCUGGACUCGGACCUCAAGAACUACAAGUCCAAUUCGAUCAAGGAGAGCAUCCGGAGGGGCCACGAUGACCUGGCUGACCACUACCUCAGUUGUGGCGACCUCACCAAUGCCCUGAAGUGCUACUCUCGGGCCAGAGACUACUGCACUAGUGGAAAGCAUGUGGUCAACAUGUGCCUUAACGUAAUCAAGGUGUCAAUUUAUCUCCAGAAUUGGGCCCAUGUGAUGAGCUACAUAUCCAAGGCGGAAAGCACCCCAGACUUCGCCGAGGGCUCCAAGGAGGCUAAUGCCCAGGUUCAUACUCGCCUUGAAUGCGCUGCUGGUCUGGCGGAACUGCAGCAAAAGAAAUAUAAGGUGGCCGCCAAGCAUUUCCUCAAUGCCAACUUCGAUCACUGCGACUUUCCCGAAAUGAUCUCCACCAGCAAUGUGGCGGUCUAUGGUGGCCUCUGCGCCCUGGCCACCUUUGAUCGACAGGAGCUUAAGCGUCUGGUCAUCGCCUCUACAUCCUUUAAAUUGUUCUUAGAACUGGAGCCCCAACUCAGGGAUAUUAUUUUCAAGUUCUACGAAAGUAAAUACGCCUCCUGUCUAACGCUUCUGGAUGAAAUUAGGGAUAACCUGCUGGUUGACAUGUACAUUGCGCCACAUGUAACCACUCUGUACACCAAGAUACGCAAUCGCGCGCUAAUCCAAUACUUUAGCCCCUAUAUGUCAGCUGAUAUGCACAAAAUGGCCAUGGCAUUUAACUCGUCGGUGGGCGAUCUGGAGAACGAGGUGAUGCAGUUGAUAUUAGACGGACAGAUCCAGGCGCGCAUUGACUCGCACAAUAAGAUACUGUUCGCCAAGGAGGCGGAUCAAAGGAACAGCACCUUUGAGCGGGCUUUGAUCAUGGGGAAACAGUACCAGCGCCAUACCCGCAUGCUUGUCCUUCGUGCUGCGAUGCUCAAGAGCCACAUCCACGUGAAGAGCAUUUCCCGGGAGGGUGGAAGCAACCACGGCGCCGAACUCUGCGUCUCCGCCGGAUCCUCGACAACUGCUCAACUCGCCCGGAUCUAGAGCAAUUUAGAAGCACCACUUAAUACCCAAUAAAUUUUUUAAGAUAUGUAUAUCACACGCUGGCAAAAUAAAUAAUUAUAGCAAAGCUAA